AUCAACGAAUCACAUUCAGUGGCUACCCAUGGAACUGCAUCUUUGCAUGGUUAUGGAUCGCGUCUCUGCUUAUGGACUGUGUCUCUGCCACUUCAGCCACCUAUGGAACUGCGUCUUCGCAUGGGUCCCCCUGAUAGCUACAGAUAUCCAUGGAACUGCAUCUUCGCAUGGGUCUCUUCUGUUGACUCUAAAAAGAUGGGACGCAUUGACAAGUUUUGGUCAGAAGUUUCACCCGAGUUUAGGCACGAUAAUAUUUCAAUAACCGCUGAAAUUGGAUUUCUUUCUCGCAAAUUAUCUUGUGAUGGAGAGCAACUUGAUGGAGAGCAACUUGAUGGAGGGCAACUUGAUGAAACAAGCAAUACAAACAAGUUGGAAAAAUUGGUGUCAGAUGAUAAUCUUCAACCUGUU